AUGGAUGUGUUUUGGUUCCUGCUGCUCACCCUCCUCUUCCUCCUUCGGCUUCAAGACGCACACGCCAACGAGGUGAUAGUGGUGACCAGAGCCGUGGGCAGUUCUGUCACCUUCUACCCCCGGAUUCCACAUAAAGAUGGGGGAGUGUGGAGCUUUAACAACGACCCCAUAAUAUCUGUGUCAUAUGGAGAUCCUCCUAGCAUCACGUUUUUAGACGCCAAGUACAGGGCACGCUUCACCUUCCGUGAGAACGGUACUGCCCUCACCAUCUCCCAGCUCUGCCUGGAGGACACUGGCACCUACAGCGAGAAGGCCUCAGGGGUCAGAGCCACCUUCAUUCUCCAGGUGUACAGAGAGCUGCCAGAGCCAGCGGUGAGUUGUGAGGUGCAGAACUGCUCGGGCAGCAGGUGCCACUAUGCCCUGCACUGUGCCACGCCAGGCUCUGGCUUUGGGAACGUCUCCUACACCUGGAGCGUGGGGCACCAGCUGUGGCAGGAGGGCCCCGAGGUGCUGCUGGAUGAAUUUCCCUCAGAUGAGCCUCCACAGCCUCUGACCUGCAGGGCAGAGAACCCUGUCAGCAGCCGCAACGUCACCCUCGCGUCGCCCGCUGAGCUCUGUGCAGGCUCCCAGUCCAGCAGCUGGGUUGGGAUCACGGCUGCAGCUCUGGUUGGAGCUGCAGUGCUCUCAGUAGUGCUUUUCUACAUCAUCUACUGCAAAUGCAAAGAGGCUGGAGCAGAGGACAUGACUGUGUAUGCCAAGGUUGGCCCUUACCAGCAGAUUAACACAACAAACAAUGUCCCAAAGACAGUCCCAACCAAGGGUGUGGAGACCUCCAAAACCAUCUAUUUCACUGUCCAGGCUGUGGCCCAGACAGAUGAUGAGAAGAUGGGCAAUGUCAUGCUGGAGGGACAGGAGCAGAAAAGUAUCUACUCAUCGAUCAACUAG